GGAGUGACUUUUCUGAGGGGGGACGUUCUGCAGCCAACAACCGCUAAUGCUUCUUCUCUUCAAACCACUCCGAGGAACUGAGACAAGUCUACCAACCGCCACUCUAUGUUUGUAUGAAAACAUGCCACACAUUUUUCAACAUUUGUGUGAAUGAGUUUGGAUCAGUAGGGAUCAAUAGGAUAAACGGAACAUGAUGGUGUGUGCUGAGCUGGGUUAAAACGAUGGGAGGAGACCAGGCCCUAAGGAACGGCCCUCGCUAGGAACCCUCCCUCCUCCUCCUCCUUUUCCUCCUCUUCCUCCUCGUCCUCUGCUGCCCAGGCGUCUGCGCAGCCCCCGUUCCGAGCCCCUGGCAGUCAUGGCCAAUCACCUUGAGCUGCUGAACGAGCUGCAGCAGCUGGACAAGGUGCCCAGCCUGGAGCGACUGCGGGCGGCCCAGAAGCGCCGGGCGCAACAGCUGAAGCGAUGGGCCGCCUACGAGAAGGAGAUGCAGAGCAAGAAGCGCAAGGCCGACAAGCAGCGUCGCAGCGGCGGCCUCCACGCCCUGCAUGCCGAGAGCCGCAAGCGCGUCUCCUUCUCGGCCAGCGUGGCGCUGCUGGAGGCCUCGGCCAGGAACGAUCCAGACGAAGUGCGCUACCUACUGAAGAACAACGUCAGCCCAGACCUGUGCAACGAAGAUGGCCUCACUGCUCUGCACCAGUGCUGCAUAGAUAACUAUGAGGAGAUGGUGAAGAUCUUGCUGGACCGCGGGGCGAACGUGAACGCCCAGGAUAAUGAGCUGUGGACGCCGCUACACGCUGCCGCCACCUGUGGCCACGCCGGCCUGGUCAAGAUCCUCAUCCAACAUGGAGCGGACCUGCUAGCCGUCAACUCCGACGGCAACAUGCCCUACGACCUGUGCGAGGACGACCCUACCCUAGACAUCAUCGAGACCGCCAUGGCCAACCGAGGCAUCACCCAGGAGAUGAUCAAUGAGACGCGGGCGUCCGUGGAGAGGAGGAUGCUGGGAGACAUCCAGAGUCUUCUGCGAGAUGGCGAGGAUGUGAACCAGCACGACUCCCAAGGAGCAACACUGCUCCACAUCGCGGCGGCCAAUGGCUACGUCCAGGCUGCAGAGCUGCUUCUGGAAGGCGGGGCGCGGACCGACCAGCGGGACUCUGACGGUUGGCAGCCGCUUCACGCCGCGGCCUGCUGGGGCCAGGUAAGAAGACCAGACACACACGAUGUGGACGGACUAACAAUACCACAGAACAAGGCAUGGAUGCAGGUGGCAGAGCUGCUCGUGUCUCAUGGUGCCAGCCUCAAUGCCAGGACCUACCUAGAUGAAACGCCCAUAGACUUGUGUGAGGACGAGGAGUUCAGGGCCGUUCUGCUGGAUCUGAAGCACAAGCACGACAUCAUUAUGAAGUCCCAGCUGAAGCACAAGACCUCCCUGUGCAGGCGAACGUCUAGUGCAGGCAGCCGUGGGAAAGUGGUGAGGAGGGCCAGUCUGUCCGACAGGCACAACCUGUGCCGCAAGGAGUACGAGACGGAGGCCAUUGUGUGGAGAGGAGGCCGCGAGGAGGAGGACCGAGAGAAGGAGUCCGAUCAGGAACACAGCCGCUCAGCCAAGGGCAGGCCUCAGAGGGUCCUGAAGGACGGGGUCAAGCAGAACGGCUGCAUCUCCACCACCACCUCCACGCCAGCCCACCCUCCGUCCAACGGCGAGCCUCCGACCGGCCCGGACCCACCCCAGCCCGCAGCCGCGUCAGUGCCGUCGUCCUCGUCCUCGCCCGCCGAGGAGCCCUGGCCCUCACGGGAGCGCGCCCAGACGCUGUCCGAGCUCAAGAAGCAGCGGGCAGCCGCCAAGCUCCUCAACCACCCGCUGCUCAACGGCCAUCUUGGCAACGGCUCGGCCGGCUCGCUGGACAGCUCGCUCUGCGGCGGCGGCAGUGGCGGUGGCGGCGGCAGCCCCAAGGACUCCCGCAUGCCCCUGGUGUCGUCCAACGGCAGCGCCGUCUAUUUCACGCCGGCCAGUGGUGACCCGCCGCUCCUCAAGUUCAAGCAGCCCGUCGAGGAGGAGCAGAUCAAAGGCAACAGCUGCUGCUGCAUCUCGUAAGGUGUGGGAGGCCUUGUGAGAGUGUUUGUGUGUGUGUGUGUGGGUCACACUACAAGUGGAAAAGAACGGAGUGAAGCAGCAGCAGCAGUGCACUGUGCAGAGGGUCGGUCAGUCGGACAGACGCCAGAGAGGAGGAAAGCCAUGCGGGAGCUGGAGACCCCCCCCCCCUCCCCCCCUUGUCCUCUAGUUCCACCAUCCUGUGGGUUCUCAGUGUUGGAGGCCCCCCCCCCCCCCCCCCCAGUAGGAACAUGGACAAGCCUUCCAGAGUAUGGAGAAGACCAGAAUGUAGGAAGGAAGGAGGGAAUGAAAGAGAGAGAGUGAACUGAAGAAAGGGUUGGGGAAGAGGAGAUCCUGAACUGAAGUGAAGUGAAAGGGUUGGGGAAGAGGAGAUCCUGAACUGAAGAAAGGGAAGUGAACUGAAGUGAAGUGAGACACUCUGAUGCUCACUGGCCUCACGGGGACGCAAGGCCGGCCACACGUGGAGCCUCACCCAGCCCUUUCCCUGGAGCGAGUCAGGUCACGUGAAGGAGACUUUUGCACAUCCUACCAGAAGGGAAGGUCUUGUCCUUUUGUGGUCCAUCCCCGUGCAUAUCGUUAUUGUGUUUGCCAACUUUGAAACCAUAUUACAUAUGGUUGUUUAUCCAGUGGCAUAUUCUACAUAUCGCAAGACAAGUUGCAAGAGGGAUGUUAUUCCACAAAGCAGGACUUCUGAACAGUGGGCAGGACAGUGGUCAAUGGGGUUGAGAUCACUGUCAGAUGGGUCUUACUCAGUGUAGGUAUCUUCUACUUAUCCUGCUUUGUGGAACAACAUCAGUUUGGACACAGUCAGACCAGGAGACCCUGACUGCAGAUAUUGCCCUCACAAGUGCUUCUGUCUGCCCAGGAACUAAAGGGACGUAACCAUAGUAACCAUACAACCACUGUUUCUGUCACGUGUGCGCCUGUCAAAGAACACAAGUAAACACACAAACUAGCUAGUGUUUGUCAACAUCAGUGUUUUCUUGUUUUCUCCUACGUGUCAUUUCAAAGCCAGUGAAGUGGUUUAAAACUGAUGGCAUGUUUAACCAUGCAUUGGUAGACCAAGCAACAAAGCCCAUUUGACAUGACUGAUAUUAAUUCUGCUGUUGCCACAUUUUAAUUUAUGCAGGAGAUGUCUUACGAAGCAUUUUUUGUACAGUCAGAUGAUGUUAUUUAUAUUUAAAUGUUGUGUAUAGAGGCUACUGUACUAUAGAAAAUCCCAUUUGGUAUAUUUAUUGUCUUGAUCUGUCUGUGGAGAAUUCUAAUUUUUGUAAGCGUAUGAAUGCAAUAGAAGAAUGGAGAAUGAGCUCGUCCCAUAUUUCAAGGCCUCCCUGAAGGAACUGUUACCGCUUUUGGCUAUUGUAAUUUGAAAGAAAAAAAGGUUGAUUUCAUAUUCCACAGUCUGUAAGGUCUAGACAGAGAGAAAGCUAGAGAGCUGUAUUGAGGUUGUUUACAGGAUUGUCAGGACCAUGCACUUUAUAAACACUGGCUCUCUGAUCUGUGACCAACAGGAAUCGGCUGUGUGUGUGUGUUCCUGCAUAUCUGUUUUGAGCUUAUCUGCUGUGCCAGACUGACUGAGGCAAGCGGAUCCGCCAAGUGGAGCAACUGUAGUUUGUUAGGAAAUUUGACCUCAAUGAGACUAUUUUUUUUUAACAUUCAACCAAAACGACUUCCAUAUUGUCAUGUUUUCAAUGGUCUCAUGAAGUAUGUAUGAAAGCAAGACUCGCCUAACCUCUAUAUCACUCCGAAAUGAUUUGUCUGGGUAUAUGCCCACUGAGUAGAAACAUGGCCAACACACACACACGUGCACCCACCCACACACACACAGUGUCUGGGUAUGCCCACUGAGGAAAAUGCCACCCUUUACCAUGUACAGCAGUAGCCAAGUAGCAAACAGCAAUACUGUGUCAGUGUUUUUUCCCCCCUCACAGUGUGGAGGAAGGGAGGGGUUCACGUUUUUAGCGAUGACUGACUAGUGACUACCCACUGUUUCACUCCCUUCUCUCCUCUCUGGGUGCCAAAGAGUCUUCCUGAGGAAUGCAGACGGGGGAUGGGGGGGGGGGGGGGCAGUUGGGUGAUGUAGCGGGUGGGCUUGCUGUCCACUCAGACUCCCAGUGUUUUUUGUUCCAACUGACAUCUCUGCCCUCUUCAUUCUGUCACCACCCCAACCCACCCACUCCUCCUCUACUCAAGUCCCUGUGGAUAGUGUCAAAACAUGUAAAAGUUGUGUAAAUAUAUUUGUUUGUGUUUUCAUGUGUUUAUGCUCUGACUCUGCAGUGACAUGCAGUAGUUGUGUCAGUGUUAUUGUACGGGUGGUAAGAAAACCUUCCUCUAUUGUCUGCGGGAAAACCUGCUCUCUGACUUGUGACACAGUGACCUCAUGUAUGGUCACUGAGGCGUGGGGAUGCACCGCUCUGAGAAGAGGGUGCCAAGAGGCUGUUGCAUGUGUCCAUGUGUAGCCAACAAAAUUAAUGAAGACAGGCUUUAAAAUGGUGGUCACGUUAUUCCCCAAUGACUAGCUUUGAAGCUGAAGUCCAACCUUAUUUUCCUGUCCAUACCGUAGCAGAAGAGUAUUUAUUGUAGUCUAAUAUUGUUCAGACCAGUGAAUUCCACAAGACACAGGACUCAAAACAAGACAGACAAACUUGCAGAGGGGUGUGUGUCAGGGCUUGUGAGACACAAAAGCAUUUCUUCCACUUUAGUCACUAAGACAACUUUUCACUGUCUUAAAGAGAGUCGUGUGUGUUUGUGUGUGUGUGUGUGUGUGAAUACUGAAAGAGAAGGAAAAAACUAAUGUUUGUGUCCAAUCAUGGAUCAGAGGUCACUGUUAAGGGAAAAAUACUAUUAAAACUACUGAUUUUGUAAUUACUGGAAAAUACUGAUCGUUGUAUUAACAUAUUUUGAAUAAAUUGUAUAUUUUCCUCAA